AUGAGACUUUCGUCUUCAUCCUCGUCUUCGGGUUUUAAUCACCAGCCUCAGGAAGGGGAGAAGAAAUGUUUGAAUUCUGAGCUUUGGCAUGCAUGUGCGGGGCCCCUGGUGUCUUUGCCUCUUCUUGGAAGUCGUGUAGUCUACUUUCCACAGGGUCACAGUGAGCAGGUUGCUGCAUCAACCAAUAAGGAAGUGGAUGCCCAUAUUCCAAAUUACCCCAACUUGCCUCCACAACUAAUAUGUCAGCUGCAUAAUGUGACAAUGCAUGCAGAUGUGGAGACUGAUGAAGUAUAUGCUCAAAUGACCCUACAACCAUUAAGUCCGCAAGAGCAAAAAGAUGUAUACCUACUGCCUGCGGAGUUGGGUGCUGCCAGCAAACAGCCAACCAACUAUUUUUGUAAAACUUUGACUGCAAGUGAUACUAGCACGCAUGGAGGAUUCUCUGUUCCCCGCCGUGCAGCUGAAAAAGUCUUUCCUCCUCUUGAUUACUCACAGCAGCCCCCAGCUCAGGAACUAAUUGCAAGGGAUCUUCAUGAUAAUGAAUGGAAAUUCAGACAUAUAUUUCGAGGCCAGCCCAAGAGGCAUCUUCUCACGACAGGAUGGAGCGUGUUUGUUAGUGCCAAACGACUUGUUGCUGGUGAUUCAGUCCUUUUUAUUUGGAAUGAAAAGAAUCAGUUACUCUUGGGUAUUCGGCGAGCAAAUCGUCCACAGACUGUUAUGCCCUCAUCGGUUUUGUCAAGUGAUAGCAUGCACAUUGGUCUUCUUGCUGCCGCAGCUCAUGCAGCUGCAACAAAUAGUCGCUUUACAAUAUUUUAUAAUCCAAGGGCUAGUCCAUCUGAGUUUGUGAUACCCCUGGCCAAGUAUGUUAAAGCUGUCUAUCAUACACGGGUUUCUGUGGGCAUGCGAUUUAGGAUGCUGUUUGAAACAGAAGAGUCAAGUGUCCGUCGAUACAUGGGUACAAUAACUGGUAUCAGUGAUUUAGAUUCUGUGCGUUGGACAAAUUCACAUUGGCGCUCUGUGAAGGUUGGCUGGGAUGAAUCCACUGCAGGGGAGAGGCAGCCUAGAGUUUCAUUGUGGGAGAUUGAACCACUAACAACAUUCCCAAUGUAUCCAUCCCCAUUCCCCCUCAGACUGAAGCGACCAUGGCCAUCGGGCAUUCCCUCUUUCCACGGGCUCAAAGAUGGUGAUAUGGGCAUUAAUGCUCCACUGAUGUGGCUCCAAGGAGGGGUUGGAGAUCAGGGGAUUCAAUCUUUGAACUUUCAGGGAUUUGGGGUUACUCCCUGGAUGCAGCCGAGGCUUGAUGCUUCUAUGGCAGGUCUACAACCUGAGGUAUACCAAGCAAUGGCAGCUGCCGCACUUCAAGAAAUGAGGACAGUGGAUUCUUCUAAAUGUGCUUCACAGUCUCUUCUGCCCUUCCAGCAAUCUUCAAAUGUUUCUAAUGGGUCGGCUGCUGUGCUUCAGAGACAGGUUUUACCGCAGUCUCAAUCUCAAAAUACUUAUCUUCAGAGCUUUCAAGAAAACCAAGCUCCUGCUCAGGCUCAGGUUUUGCAACAACAGUUGCAGCGUUACCAUCCCUAUAGUGAUCAGAGGCAACAACAGCAGCUGCAGCAGCACCAGCAACAACAGCAGCUGCAGCAGCAGCUUCAACAAUCUCAUCAUCUGCACCAAUUGUCUGUUCAGCAGCAGAUCCCAAAUGUCAUGUCUGCUCUGUCCAAUUUUGCCUCAGCCACUCAAUCCCAGUCUGCAUCUCUGCAAGCUAUCCCUUCACAACCUCAGCAGCAGAGCUUUCCUGACUCUGUUGGAAAUCCUAUAUCUUCAUCUGAUGUUCCCCCUAUACAUAGUAUAUUAGGUUCCCUAUCACAAGAUGGAGCAUCCCACUUACUUAACUUAAGUGGAUCCAACUCUGUAAUUUCGUCUUCCUUGUUACCCAAGCAGAUCGCAGGCGAACAGCAGCUAUCAUCUGGAGCUGCUCAAUGUGUACUACCCCAGGUAGAACAGUUGGGAACACCACAGUCAAAUAUCUCUGAGCUCACGGCCUUGCCUCCGUUUCCUGGUAGAGAGUACUCUGCAUUCCAAGGCGGUACUGAUCCCCAAAGCAAUCUUUUGUUUGGAGUGAACAUUGAUUCCUCAUCUCUUAUGCUGCACAAUGGGAUUCCAACCUUGAGAAAUAUUGGCAAUGGAAAUGAUUUGCCGUUUGGUGCUUCCAGUUACACCAGUGCCACGGGCAAUGAUUUUCCACUUAAUUCAGACAUGACUACUUCAAGUUGUGUAGAUGAAUCAGGUUUCUUGCAGUCUUCAGAAAAUGUGGACCAAGUAAAUCCAACUCGAAACUUUGUGAAGGUUCACAAGUCAGGGUCCUUUGGGAGGUCACUGGAUAUUUCAAAAUUCAGCAGCUAUGAUGAGCUGCGCAGUGAGCUCGCGCGUAUGUUUGGCCUUGAAGGCCAAUUAGAGGACCCUCAGAGAUCAGGCUGGCAGCUUGUAUUUGUUGACCGGGAGAAUGAUGUUCUUCUCCUUGGCGACGACCCUUGGCAGGAGUUUGUGAACAAUGUGUGGUAUAUCAAAAUACUCUCGCCACUUGAAGUGCAACAGAUGGGAAAGGAAGGCCACAAUCGUGCGGCUUCUGUCCCAAGCAAUAAGCUUUCCAAUGUUGGCAACAAUACCUGCGAUGACUACGGGAGUCGACAAGACUUGAGAAACUCAACCAAUGGGAUUGCAUCGUUGGGCUCACUGGACUACUAA